UCAGAGAGAAUCACAUUUGUCAGUUUUUGAAAGCACUGUUGUAAACAAAGAAAUUUUCACUCAUUUCUUUUUUGUGAUUGUUUCCAUAUUAAAUAGUUAACUUAACAAUUAACAGUUAAAGCAAAUAUGCCUUAUUAUGCCGUGGCGAAAGGACGAAGUCCUGGUAUUUAUAGUACUUGGGAUGAAUGUAAAGCACAAGUGCAUCAAUUUUCAGGACCGAAAUACAAAAAGUUCAAUACAAAACAAGAAGCUGAAGAUUUUGUCAGCACAUUUGGAAAUACUUCAAGAAAAUCAUCCAACACAAAUUCAUAUUCCAAAAGCAAUUUCCCGAGCACAAGUGUAAAACGACCGUUUGAACCGAAUUUAUUUGACAAUCGGGAAGAAAAGCGUGCGAAAUAUGAAGCAAGUAAUUUUGAAACUUCUUCAAAGAUUGGAACUCAUGGUUUAGAAGAAGAUGAAAAUGGCUUCGUGAAUGUUUAUACCGAUGGGGCGUGUUCUCAAAAUGGGAAAAGAAAAGCAAGAGCAGGAAUCGGUGUCUGGUUCUCUGACGAUCAUCCGUUAAAUGUUUCGCGAGCUGUUGUCGGCCGCCAGACAAAUAAUAUGGCAGAAAUUCAAGCGGUAACAAUCGCAGCAAGACAAGCACAGAAAGCUGGAAUUAAAAAAUUGAAAAUCAACACAGACUCACAAUUUCUCAUUAAUUGUAAAACAAAAUGGAUGAAAAAUUGGAAGGCCAGAGGUUGGAAGACUUCUGAUGGACGUCCAGUGAUUAAUAAGGAAGAACUUUUAGAAAUGGAAUCUGCAACUGCGCCGCUUCAAGUUUCUUGGAAUCAUGUUCGUGGUCAUAGAGGAAUUCACGGAAACGAAAUGGCGGAUAAAUUAGCGAGACAAGGGGCUGAGAGUAAAGAUGAUUGAGAAACGACUUUUAAUAUUUAAUUUUUCUUCUUCUUUUGUUGUAAGAUUUUCUAUACGUGUAUUUUAAAUACAAUGUUUUAUUAUCGUUUUCUUUCUUGUAGGUUUAGAAUAUUUUUGUACAGCGUUUUCUACUAUUUCUGUUAUAAGUCUUUAAGAUGGAAUAAAUUAUUUUUUCUAAAA